AAAAUGGAAGCAACAGAAGCCGCCUCUCUACCCCUCACCCUCCCUCAAUCCCCCUCCCCAGGCACCCCAUCCCCCUCCGCCACAUCCAACACCUCCCCCAUAAAAAUCACCCUCUCCGACACCCCCGAAGGCACCAUCCACCACCUCCCCACACACCUCACCUCCCAAAACCUCCUCAUCCGCAGCAUCAUCGAAGACUCCGACUACGACCCCCUCCUCCCAAUCCACCUCCGUGAGGUCUCCUCCUCCACAUUCCCCCAUAUCCUCACCUACCUCAACCUCUACUCCACUUCCCCCUACGACUUCAAGGCCAAAGUCCAAAAGCCCCUACAGUCAAACAUCCUAAGUGAUGUCAUCCCUGAAGAAUACGCUAAGUUCAUAAGUGAGUUUACUCUAGAAGAAGUCUAUGAACUUUUAUGUGCAGCUAACUACUUAGACAACCAAGGACUUCUGUUGCUGAGUAGUAUUAGGAUAGCAAGUGAGAUGAGGGGGAAAAGUGUGGAGGAGUUGAGAGAGAUGUUUGGAGUUGAACCAGGGUUUAGUAAGGAGGAGUUGAAAGAGAUUGAGGAGGAAGAGAAGAGGAGAGAUUUUGAGAUUGAGUAGAAAUUAGGGUUUGGAGUGAUUUUUAGGUAAUUUGAGUAGUUUUUAAUAGUUUUUUUUGAAUUUUGG